AUGAAUCGGUUGCGAGGACCUUGGAUGGCGUGUGCGGUGGUCGCCUUCCUCGCGGCUGCCCUGGGGCCCUGCGGAGCUGCCCCCGAGGAGGUCCCCACACGCCUGAGGUACAGUCAGGACGAAUCCAUGCAGGGCUUCUAUGAAAGUGACGAGGCAGUGCACCAAAGCCAGGGAUUGAAAUUCUUGCCCGCCGAUCGUAACCCCCCAUUCGAUCGUGCGACCUCCUUCAAGAACGAGGACUAUUUGCCUCCUGAUUAUGUUGUGGCCAUUGGCAAUGCGUCGGCGAAUGUCACCUUCCCCUUCAACGAGUCCCGCGCGCUGGCAGCUUUCGAGUCCAUAUCAUACUGCAGGGACAUUCCUGCCCUGAGACUUUGGAACUGCACUCGCUGUGGAUGGGAUGAGGUUCAGGGCUUUGUUGUGGAGGACACGGUGUAUGACUCCAAAUGGGAUGUCUUCACAUAUGUGGGAUAUCUUCCAGCAUGGAAAGCCAACAUCGUUGCGAUCAGAGGCACGGACAGCCACGACUUCUGGAACUGGAUUGAGGACUUCGACAGCUGGAGGAGCAAGUACCCGCUUUCCUACCCUGGGGCCGAGGGGUGCCAGAUCCACUCUGGCUUCUACAAGCUGUGGGCCAACAGCGCCCUGAAAGAGAACACAACCGCAGCCGUGCAGCGGCUUGUGGACAAGUAUGGCACGAAUCAGACUACCUACGUGGUGGGGCACUCGAUGGGGGGGGCGAUGGCCGACCUGGCCGCCCUCUGGCUGAAGUUCAACCUGAGCCUGUCAGAUGUCAGGGUGACCACCUUUGGCCAGCCCAGGACUGGCAACAAGAAGUUCUCGGACUUCUUCAACAAGACGAUCGAGCACAGUUGGCGCUUCACCCAUGACAAGGACAUUGUGCCCUCCCUGCCCUACGAGUUCAUGGGCUACUGGCACACGCCGCGGGAGGUCUGGCAGGUGGACAUCCCUGACUCCAGCAGCCCAUCUGGCAUCAAGAUGACAUACAAAGUGUGCGAUGGCAGCGGGGAGGACCCAACAUGCCAUGAUAGCGCGUGCCACUACGCAUCCUGUACAUCCAUCGAAGACCACAUGAUGUACAUGGGGUUCCCAAUGUACACGAACGCCACCAGCAACGACGAGCCGUGCUAA